ACCAAUUUCACAGCUGCUUGUCUCUCUCCCUCCCAACCCCCUAAAAAAAAUAUUCCCCGAAAUGACAUCCCUGCUUCCACGUAUGGACAAGCCGUAGAGAUGAAGAGUAGUCUUCAUAUCUUGAUGUUCUACACUCCUGUGAUCUUGAGCAAGAAAGGGCAGCUAGCCCGUGUCUGGCUGGCAGCCCAUUGGGACAAGAAGCUCACUAAAGCUCAUGUGUUUGAAACCAACAUAGAGAAAAGUGUGGAAGGAAUUCUGAGCCCCAAGGUGAAGCUAGCCCUGCGUACCACAGGACAUUUACUGCUGGGUGUUGUACGAAUCUACUCCCGAAAAGCAAAAUACCUUCUUGCUGACUGCAAUGAGGCAUUUGUCAAAAUCAAAAUGGCCUUUAGGCCAGGGAUGGUUGAUUUGCCAGAAGAGAGCAAGGAAGCAGCAGUAAAGGCCAUCACACUCCCUGAGGUCUUCCAUGACUUUGAUACUACCAUGCCUGAGUUGAAUGACAUUGAUAUCCAAGCCCAGUUUUCACUGAACCAGUCUCGUGCAGAAGAGAUAACCAUGAGAGAAGACUAUGGGAAUCUCUCACUUGUCACAGCUGAUGAUGGAUUUGGUGAUAUGGGUUUUGGACCUGAAGAAGGCAUGGGAUUUGGAGAACCAGCAGAGUUUGUGCGAGAGCAGACAUUUGAACAAUCAGGACAGAGCAAUUUGAUAGGAGAGCAUCCUGAACCAGAAAAGAGUAGAGAGAGCUCUCUUCAUCCAGGAGAUUCAAUGAGUCAUUUGCCUGGCCAUAGAGCAUCUCACAAUGCUUCUGCUGCACCUGAGCAUCCCCUGCCUGAUGUUGGGUUGGGUCAUCUAGAUGCAAAUGGACUCCUGGGUCCAGGGCUAUUUGAUGAAGUUCCAGUGGGAGACCUAUCUUUACCAUCAGCACCUGUUGGGGAUGCUGAUGCAAACAAGAAUGUUGACAGUGAUGAUGAUCAUUCUGGGUUCAUGGGAGAUUUUGGGCCUCCAUCUGUUGGUGGAAGUUCUGAUGGUGGUUCCCGGCCUGGUAGUCCACCUCCAGCACCACCUCCAGUUCAAGUUCCUGAUGCUCUCUCAAUGCCACCACCACCUCCCCCUGCUGAGACAUCUCAUCAUGAACAAACAACUCUUCUUCACAAUGAAGAUGAGAGCUUUGCGUUGGCUCCUGUAGAUGCCUCUGCUCUCAAAGGUUGGCCACGACACAAGAGGAAGCGCAAGUUGAUUGUAGAUGAGGUGAAGAAUAUCACAGGUGAAGAAAUGCGAGCUCAAUUGAGUGAUACAAGUGAUAUUGUAACAACACUUGAUCUAGCCCCACCUACCAAACGCUUGAUGCAUUGGAAAGAAACUGGCGGAGUGGAGAAACUAUUUGCUCUGGAUGGAAGAGCUGUUCCGGGCAAGGCCAUAUUCAAAUUGUAUCAACGUCACCUGACAUCCAGACCAGCAGAGAAUGAAGAUCUCCCACUACCUGAUGAUCAUCAACUGGGCAUCGAACCUCUUCGGGAUGCCCAGGCACAAGACGAGUUAUUAGGACCCCUGGUUGAGACUGUCACCAAGCGUGGUCGUAAACGCAAGAGUGAUACACUCCAUGAGCCGCCAGUGAUGGAACCUGAAAUGCCUCAUGCAAUGAUUAUGCACCCUCUACCACAAAUUGGAGAGCAAACACCACUACAAACUCCACAUAUGGAUGAAGCAGGGAGGCUGCCUCCUCCAGGUAUGCAAAUGGCCAACAUGGGAUAUGAAGAACCACCACCAGGUGAAAGAAUUGAGCAACCACGUGAUGUGGAAGCCCCUACAACUCCUUGGUCUGUGCCUCAGCCAAAUACUCCAUUCAGUGAGAAGCCCAACACUCCAUUCAUUGACCUGGAUUUCCCCAUGUCUGUUGGCCCGGUGGAAGAAGAACAGGCAGCUGAUGAGACCUAUGAACAGUAUGAAGAGCGUGUCCUGAAUAAGCGAGCCCUUCAUAUGUAUUCCCUAAUGAAGGACAAACUUCAGGAUCAGGAAAAUGUAUACUUCUCUGACAUAACCCACCGAAACAACAGAAAACAGGUGGCACAGAAGUUCUACACCCUGUUGGUGCUGAAAAAACAGCAGGCGAUAGAAAUUGAGCAGCAGUCUUCGUAUGCUGUCUUUGUGUAUGAGAAAGCCCACACCAUUGCUGCUCUGGUCUUCCAAGCCAUGGUGGUAUGCUUCACCUCCAGUUUCUGUCAGGAGCUUUAUGAGCCUGUCUGCAAGGAGUCUUCUCAUGGCAGUGGUUUUGGUUUGGUGGUGAUACGCCAGCACUUGAUGCGAGUAACACGAAACACAGUCUCACGGAUAGGUGGGGAGGCAGCAGCUGCAUUGCAUGUCUUUUCUGCACACCACAUGAUCAUCUCCUUACAGCUCAUCCGAAUUGUGACCCGGGUUCCCGGUUCCGGAUUGAAGGCGAGCCAGGGCCUCCUGGACAUCAGUGGGAACUGGGACCCAGCCAUGUUCAAUGUCUGCCACUGUCUGCAUGCCAACAGACCCACCAACUUCCCACGGGAGAUCCCACGUCCCGAAAGUCCAGCACCAACCAACUUCCACCCCCUAGAGGCCGCCAUGGCAGCGAGGUCUUCUUCGUAUCGACCGAACCUUGUGUCGUGCGUGGCAAUGGUGAUGAAAUACGGGAUCCUCACGGUGAGCGACCGCUGUUCCCGUGGGGAGACUGAAGAUAAAAGCGGCCCCGCCUUGAGACACGCACUGUCCGAAUCCCCAAACGCCGUGUGCGAAGCCACCGCCUGCGUCCCCGACGAGAUCCAGCCCAUCAAGGACACUCUGACUCAAUGGUGCGACCGCUUGGAACUAGACGUCAUCCUGACCACAGGUGGGACCGGAAUAGCCCCGCGUGAUGUCACCCCGGAAGCGACGAGGGGGAUUCUCGACCGCGAGAUUCCCGGAAUUUCGCUUCAGAUGGCCAUUACUUCGCUGGCCGUCACCCCGAUGGCCAUGCUGUCUCGGGCAGUGAGUGGCGUUCGCAAGAAGACCCUCAUCGUGAAUCUUCCAGGGAGUCAGAAGGGAAGCUUGGAAUGUUUCCGCGCCAUCCUGCCCUGCUUAUCUCAUGCCGUCCACCUGCUUCGCGAAAACGCGGCGAAGGUGGAAACCGAGCACGCCAAGAUGCGAACGCAUGCCGAAUGCCCCGCGAUGAAAGUAGCCGACAGACCGCGAAAGUCUCCUUUCCCCAUCGUGGACGUCCCCGCCGCCCUCAAGACCAUCGCAAAGGAAGCCGGAUCCCCAGAAUUUCGACGAACGGAGGAGAUGCCAUCCGCGGAGAGCCUGGGCUACGUCCUCGCCGCCGACGUGUUCGCAAAGGAUCCCCUCCCCCCCUUCCGCGCCUCCAUCAAGGACGGCUACGCCGUGCUCGCCUCGGACGGAUCCGGAAGGAGGAAGGUGGUGGGGACCCGCCUCGCCGCGUCCCGCACGGACGCACUGGAGAUCCGGCCGGGCGAAUGCAUCCGGAUCAACACGGGUGCUCCCGUCCCGAGCUCUGCCGACGCCGUCGUCCAGGUGGAGGACACCGUCCUCGUCAGGGCCUCUCAGGACGGCACCGUAGAAGAAGAGAUCGAGAUCACUUCCGCGCCUUCUCCCGGCCUGGACAUCCGCCCUCUCGGUUCCGACAUAGCCGCAGGUGAAAAAGUGUUAUCAGCCGGAAUUCGAAUCGGAGCGGCAGAAAUGGGUCUCUUGGCCACGGUCGGCGUGUCGAGGGUACGGGUCUACAGCAAGGCUCGGAUCGGGGUCCUGUCGACGGGGGACGAGCUGCUGCCUCCCUUCCACGAAGGCCCCCUCACGGGGGGAGCCAUCAGGGACAGCAACAAGGCCACGCUGUUCGCCUCCCUCGAGGAGAACGGAUUCGCGGGGAGGGAUGUCGGGGUUGCGAACGAUUCCAUGCAGAACCUGAAGGAACGCUUGGAAGCAGGCCUGGCAGCGUGCGAUGUGAUCAUCAGCACCGGCGGCGUUUCCAUGGGAGAACGAGAUCUGUUGAAGCCCCUCCUCUCCGACGGCUUCCACGCCACCAUCCACUUCGGGCGGGUCUUCAUGAAACCCGGGCUGCCGACCACGUUCGCAACGCUGGACUGGGAAGGGAGGAAGAAGCUCGUGUUCGCAUUGCCCGGGAACCCCGUGUCGGCCAUCGUCACCUUCCACCUCUUCGUCCUCCCCGCCCUGAAGCAGAUCGCGGGGGUGGGUGACUUCGUCGCGCCGGUCCUCCAGGUCCGCCUCGCCUCCGAGGUGAAGCUGGACCCGCGACCGGAGUAUCAGCGUUGCGUCCUGCGCUGGACCCCCACGGAAAGCGUCCCUGAAGCCACCACCACCGGCGGUCAGCAAAGCAGCCGGCUUUUGAGCAUGAAAUCCGCCAAUGCUCUGUUGAUGCUACCUCCGAGAUCGGAAACUCAGACGACCCUCCGACCUGGGACGCUCGUGAACGCCAUGCUUCUCCGCGACGUCUACUAAUGUUCGCGGUCCUUGUCUCCUAGUGAAGCCCCUUUCGUAGCGGAAGCUGUCAAAAGCUUCUUUUAGAUUCUAUUUUUUGUAAUGAAAAUGCAUAUCGUCAAUUUCCUCAAGA